AUGGUCUCGUUUCGCAGAGGAUACCAGGUCGAAGUCUGCAGGAAAGAGAAAGGUUUUGUGGUAUCAUACUACGCUGCUACAGUGGUCUGUCCUCUCGAAAACAACACCUACGUUGUGCGGUACAAAGAUCACUUGGUGAACGAUGAAUCUGGGCCGUUGAUUGAGAAGGUGCUCAAGGACGAGGUCAGGCCGGUCCCACCAGAGAUCAUCAUGAUCACUGAUCUCGCAUACCUUGACGAGGUUGAUGCCUUUGACAACGACAGUUGGUGGGUGGGAAAGAUUACCGGCAAGCACGGCUCAAACUACUAUGUCUACUUUGAAACCACCGGGGAUGAGAUUGCUUACCCUCUUUCUUGA